AUGUGCAAACCUCCCAGUAUUGAGGUUUCUGUAGUAUAUUUAUCAGGAGAAGGGAGUGUAAAUCAGCUGGGUGGUUCGUUUCUGAAUGGUCGUCCUCUGCCCAUCCACAAGCGCAGACUGAUGAUUGAGCUGGCGACUGAGGGCAUGAGACCAUGUGAGAUCUCCAGAAUACUGAAGGUCUCCAAUGGUUGCGUCAGUAAGAUCCUGGGCAGAUUUCAGCGCACAGGAGCCAUUGGUCCUAAAGCAGUAGGAGGAAGCAGACCCAGACUCCUGACCCCUGAAGUCAUCUCCAUCAUAGUUCAGCACAAGAGACAAAACCCUACACUCUUCGCCUGGGAGAUCCGGCAAAAGCUGGCAACAGAGAGAGUCUGCAGAGGAGAUAAAGUGCCAAGUGUGUCGUCCAUAAACCGGAUACUCAAGAAGAUCCAUCAAGAUGUGGACAAUGCAUAUCCAAAUGAAAAACACUAUUACACAGAACGACUGGAUGUGCAGAGCAGUUUUCAGCAACAAGUGAACACAAAAUUGCAGAGAACCGCUCAUCGAAGCAGAACCGCAUUCACAGCAGAUCAGAGCGAGAGGUUAGAGAAAGAGUUUACCUGUGGGCUUUAUCCAGAUCAGCUUACCAGAGAAAAGCUUGCAGAGGAGACAAACCUUUCACAGGACACUAUCAAGGUUUGGUUCUCUAAUCGCAGAGCGAGGAUGAGGAGGGAGCGAAAGUUUGAAUACCAUGACUGUGGUGUGACUAGGCCAGGGUUUCUGGGAAACUGUAGGAACGCUUUGAUUUCUCUGUCAUCGACCGCUGGCUGCUCAUUGGAUGAUUACAGAGCUCAUCACGCACCAUCCACUUUUCCAUUGGCCACUCAAAGAGACAGAAACACUUUUCCAUUGGCUCAUUUGAACUCAAAUGCUGUGUCGUCAUGUUCAUUAGAUCAAACAGAGAGUUUUAUGCCAACAUGUCACCAUGGCAAUGAGGAAUUGGCUUACCGAUUGGUUCCACCAAAUGGUGGCACACAGUGGAUGAAUCAUAAAACCUUGACUGGACAAAAUAUUCCAAUGUUUUGAAUUCCAAUGCAGAACAUUGAUGUUAUGGACAGUAGAGGGCGGCAAAGGAAAGAAAUUGCAGCACUUGCUGUGGAAGGUGAUUUACUUUUAGACAAUA